ACCAGAUAAAGCUUUCUAGGGUUUCUUCUUUAUAUUCCGAGAUCUUUUGCCUUCUUUGCAGAUAUCGUUUACCUUCUGGUAGUGGGUUGGAGUUUCGGAGUCCCUUGGUUGGUGUUUCUCUGAGUUCAUUGCUCUGAGGGUUCUCGAGCUUUUCGCUUUAUUUCUGGGUUUUCUUGAGAACUUCGUGUGUUUGCUUUGGUCCUGUUUGGAGGGAAUUAGGGUUUUGGAGGGAAUUAGGUUUAUCAAAUAGGAAGAACUAGGGUUUUCUGGUUCGAGGGAUUAGGGUUUUGGUGAAAGAUUUGGUAGGAUCAUACAUGGCUGCAAUUCAACACGUUCAAGAAGCUCGCACCUCUUAUUUCCUUGUUAUUUGCUCCCCUUCAGUGUUUAUUUAGCCCUUUGGUGAAGCCCUAGGGUUUUCGAGGCGGAGCUUCUUUCUUCUGCUAUCUGUUUAGGGUUCGAGAAAUCCUAGGGUCUUUAGUUCCAGAGCCUUCUCGUUCUCCUCUUUCUCCCUUUCUCUCUCUCGCUAUCUAUCUAUCUAUCUUGCUUUUUGAUUUCGGAGAUUUUCUUGGUUAAAGAACCCUGGCGAUUGUACAGUUACCCAAGUUUUCUCUCACAUCUCUCUGCAAUCUCUCGAUCAGAGAGAUGCCUAGCAUAAAGUCUGAUCCUCUGUACAAUGACACGGAGCCAUUUGUGGAGACUGAUCCUUCAGGGAGAUUUGGGCGUUACAAUGAUCUUCUAGGCUCUGGGGCUGUGAAGAAAGUUUACUGGGGUUUUGAUCAAGAAGAAGGCAUCGAAAUCGCAUGGAACCAGGUUCACCUAGGAAAGUUCUCUGGUGAUGAACGAAUGGUGAAGAGGCUUCAGUCUGAGGUCUGUUUACUGAGGUCUUUGGGGCAUAAGAAUAUCAUUACUCUCUAUGCUGUGUGGUUGGAUAGAAAGAACCAUACCCUAAAUUUCAUUACAGAGGUCUGCACUUCUGGGAACUUGAGGGAAUACAGGAAGAAGUACAAGAAUGUGUCUCUCAUGGCUUUGAAGAAAUGGGCGAGGCAAAUUCUAAGGGGUUUGGAGUAUUUGCAUAAGCAUGAGCCUUGCAUCAUUCACAGGGAUCUCAAUUGUAGCAAUGUCUUCAUCAAUGGCAAUGUUGGUGAGGUUAGUUUUCAAUUUCUUGUCUAGUCAUUGUGUAAUAUAUAUAUAUUUUUUUUAUUUCUUGUUUUGAUGAUUGUGUAUUUUUCUCGAUUUCUGUUUUCUUUGGUUGGUAUAGUUUAUGGAUUAUUUAGUUAUGUACUUGCCUUGAAUUAUUAUUAUAUUUUUUUUUGCUUUUUAUGGUGAUUUCAUUAGUUCUUGAAUUUCUGGUUUAAUCUUACAUUGGUUAGUUACGAUUUAUGGUUUUUAUAGUUUGGUUCGUGUGUCCUUCUUAGUAGGGGUUACUCGACUUCUUGCUUAACCUUUUACUCUUUUGCUGUUCAAUAAUUUUCAUUGCUUAACCUUAUUCUCUUUUUCUGUUUGUUUUUAUUGCUAGUUUUGCUGGCAGGUAUUGCACACUUUUUCUUCUUGAUUUUUGUAAUUAAUUAUGAAUUAUGUUGAUGUUCGAUUUUCAGAUUAAGUCUUUUUAUGGUUAGGUUAUUCUCCGAGUUCCUUGCUUAAUUGUACACUGUUUUUCUGAGUACUGUGUUUUUAUGUUUCUCUUUUAUGCACUGAUUACUUUUCAUAUAAUAAGAUAUCUUUGUAUUCUUUUUGUCAAAAUUAACUUUAGUGAUUGACUAUCACUGAUAUGCCUGACCUUUGCAAUGGUUAUCUUCCUGUUUUGUGGAUGCCAAAUAAUACAGGUAUCUUAUCAAUCUACUACCCAAUUUAGUUGUUAUGAUAACGAUUAAAAUUUGUAGGAGGUGCCAAGUGCUCAGCAGUCAAUUUUUUGAAUUUCAAUCCAAAAUAUAGUUGCUAUCGGGUUCCUCUUAUCGGUUUCAGAGCCUGGUUCUUGUGACAAUGAUGUUUUCUCGAGUUACGCAAUAAUAUAUUUCAGUUACCAAAACAAAAUUCUAGUAGUAUCCUAAAUUUUGAGAAAAUCAAUGGUCUCAAGAA